GGGCCAGCACGUGUAAGAGUUCGCCGCGGGUCGCCGCAGUCACUCACCUGGGCGCCUCGGUGUGAGCGCGCACGGCUCUCGAGUCCUCCGCCCGCCAGUCCGCCUGCCCGUGACCCAUGUCCCGCCGCAAGGCCGGCUGCAUGCCUCGCCGAAGAGAGCCCGCUCCCGCCGCCAACUCAGACGACGAGAUGGAGAUGCCGGACCUCUUCAUCGAUGUGAAGCUCGAGCCGGACCCGCGGCCCCUACAGGCCCGGCGGCUAGGGCCCUUCAACCCGAAGGAAAUGCCCGCGCCGGGGCGGUUCGAGGGCGAACCCCGCCACUCCCCCGGCCCCGUGCCCGCUGGCGGCCUCUUCCACGCCCUGGGCCUGCGCAACCAGUGGGCGCCGUGGACGCCGCUGACCCCGCACCUUCCCGACCGCCAGCCGUGGACCGACAAACACCCAGAUCUGUUGACCUGCGGCCGCUGCCUGCAGACUUUCCCGUUGGAGGCCAUCACUGCUUUCAUGGACCACAAGAAGCUGGGCUGUCAGCUCUUCAGAGGCCCCAGCCCCUGCCAGAGCUCAGAACGCGAGGACCUGAAGGCCUUGAGCUGCCUCCGCUGCGGCCGACAGUUCACAGGAGCCUGGAAACUGCUGCGCCACGCCCAGUGGGACCACGGACUGUCCAUCUACCAGACGGAACCCGAGGCCCCGCUGCUGGGCCUGGCCGAGGUGGCUGCUGCCGUGUCGGCGGUGGCGGGGCCAGAAGCCGAGGCCAAGGGCCCCCGGCUGGGUUCCACCCGACGGAGCCCCACCUGCCCCGUGUGCAAGAAGACCCUCAGCUCCUUCAGCAACCUGAAGGUGCACAUGCGCUCGCACACUGGCGAGCGGCCCUACGCCUGUGACCAGUGUCCCUAUGCCUGCGCCCAGAGCAGCAAGCUCAACCGCCACAAGAAGACCCAUCGGCAGCAGCUACAGCCCCAGAGCCCCUGCGUGGCCGAUGCCAGUCGGGAGCAGGCCUCCACCGCCCCUCCGGAGCCGGCCGCCCAUGCCGCCGCCCCGGCCAGCAUCCUCCAGUGCAGCGGCGGAGAGGGGGCCGGAGCAGCCGCCACGGCGGGGGUCCAGGAACCUGGGGCUCCUGGCGGUGGGGCCCAGGUGGGCCCCGGCGUGGACGGCUGGGGAGCUGACACCAAGGAGCAGAGAACUGACCCCGAGAAGAACCAGAAGACGUCACCCAAGAAGACGCUGAAGCCAGCGGGCAAGAGCCGGGGCCCCGGGCCCGGGGGCAGCUGCGAGUUCUGCGGGAAGCAUUUCACCAACAGCAGCAACCUGACGGUGCACCGGCGCUCGCACACGGGCGAGCGGCCCUACGCCUGCGAGCUCUGCUCCUACGCCUGCGCCCAGAGCAGCAAACUCAACCGCCACCGCCGCAUGCACGGCCUGGGGCCUGGCGGGCCCCGCUUCAAGUGCCCCCACUGCUGCGUGCCCUUCGGCCUGCGGGCCACCCUGGACAAGCAUCUGCGGCAGAAGCACCCCGACGUGGUUGGGGAUGCCUGAGCCGCGGGAAUGCCCCCUGCGGUCCCCCGCACCGCCGUGAACCGCUUCUGU